AUGGCGAAAGAAGCAGCAGAAGAAGCUGCUGCAGCAGCAGCAGCAGCAGCAGGAGCAGCGCCUCGAGCAGCAGCAGCAGCAGGUGACCCCGGCGCAGCCGCCCCUCGCGCAGCAGCAGCAGCGCCAGCAGCAGCAGCAGCAGCAGCAGCAGCAGCGCCUGCAGCAGCAGCAGCAGCAGCGCCUGCAGCAGCAGCAGCAGCAGCGGGUCCGCGGGACCCGGGUUUGCUGCUGCAGCAGCUGGCAGCAGCAGCAGAAGAGGAUGACCAGUGGUCCGUGUCUGCUGCUUACCUGCAGUUCCUGGAGGCGAAGUACAGAGACCUGGAGUGCCCCCUUUUCCUGGAGACGAUCCCAGACGAUCCCAGCUCCGAUCCCCAGUUGCAUGCGCUGCAGCUGUUGGCUUUUGAGGGCGAAACACCCCACACUGUGGCUGCCAGGUGUCGAGACACCGGAAACCGCUUUGCUGCUGCUGCUGCAGCAGCAAAACGAGCAGCAAAUCCCGCCAGCUUCAAACGCCAACUCUUCAACGCACAACAGGCCUACCAGGCCGCAGCAGCAGCAGCAGCAGCAGAAGCAGCAGCAGAGGAAGCAGCAGCAGCAGCAGCAGCAGAAGCAGCAGCAGAGGAAGCAGCAGCAGCAGCAAAAGCCGAAGCAGCAGCAACAGCAGCAGACGGAGAAGCAGCAGCAGCAGCAGCAGCAAAAGCAGCAGGAAACGCUGCAGCAGAAAAGGAGCUGCGGGCGCUGCUGGAAGAGGCGCAGCGGCUGCACAAGGAGCAGCAGCAGCGCAAAGCAGCAGCAGCAGCAGCAGCAGCAGCAGCAGCAGCAGCAAAACCCAAACUGCCUUCCCCAAAAGAAAUUCUCAGCAAGAGGGGCGUGAGGGUUUGUGGGGUGCCGGGUGGUCUGGCGGAGAUAGCAGCACAAGUGCCCGAGGUGUCUGUACACCUGGAGCCCCUAAACGGGCAGUACUAUUUGCUGCUGCCGCUGCUGCUGCUGCUGGAUGAAUACUCAAGAGCGGAUGCUGUAGCAGCAGCAGACGAGAGGCUUUCCCUGCUGCAGCAGCUCAAAACAAUCUUCCCUUCCAAGUACACACUCAUGCAGCAGCAGCAGCAGCAGCAGCAGCAGCAGCAGCAGCAGCAGCAGCAGCAGCAGCCGAGGAUGGAGGCGGAGGGGGAAGCCACAGAGUUUCCUUCUUGGGACCAUGAAAAGAAAUAUGUGCUAGAAAAUCUUGUAGCUUAUUAUGAGUGCGGGCUGCCAGGGGGAGUUUUGCUGAGCUUUCCAAUGGGUCUUCCGCUGGCUCUUCUUUUGGAGCGUUCGAAGCGCUUUAUUGGGAUUGCUGCAUUCCACAUCCUCGUGAAGGGCACACCGAGCCACGAGGCUUUCAUCAGAGACGCGCGCAUAGAGAAGCUGGAGUUUUAG